AUGAGUAGCGAUAAGGCUCCCAUUGCUGCUGCUUCUGCUUCUGCUGCAGCAGCCACCAAUGCGUUGAGUGGUAGUAGCGGCAGUGGCGGUGUUGCUGCUGCUAAUGCCAAUGCGAAGCUUCUUCAUCCUGGCGCUGAAUUCAGCAAGGGCAUCAAUGGCCUCGAGAAGGUCGUCCUCCGUGAUCCGCGUGGCAGUGUUGCCGAGGUGUAUUUGUAUGGGGGUCAUGUAACAUCAUGGAAGAAUGAUCAUGGAGAGGAAUUGCUAUUUGUUAGCAGUAAGGCUAUAUUUAAGCCUCCAAAAGCUAUUCGUGGGGGAAUCCCAAUAUGCUUUCCUCAGUUUUCAAAUCUUGGUUCUCUUGAUGCACAUGGAUUUGCUAGAAACAGAUUUUGGAGCGUUGACCCUGAUCCAUCUCCUUUUCCAACAAAUACCUCCAAUAAGGUUGCUGUUGAUUUGAUCCUUAGGCCUAGUGAAGAAGAUAUGAAGACCUGGCCUCACAGUUAUGAGUACCGACUACGGGUAGCUUUGGGACCUGGAGGAGAUCUGACGUUGAUAUCUCGCAUCAGGAAUACUAACUCUGAUGGAAAGCCAUUCUCGUUCACAUUUGCAUAUCACACUUAUUUCUCUGUUUCAGAUAUCAGUGAAGUUCGUGUAGAAGGAUUGGAGACCUUGGAUUAUCUUGACAACUUGCAGAACAGGAAACGUUGCACUGAACAAGGUGAUGCUAUAACAUUUGAAUCAGAGGUUGACAAAAUAUAUCUCAGCACUCCUACAAAGAUUGCAAUUUUGGAUCAUGAGAAGAAGAGAACAUUUGUAAUACGAAAAGAUGGUCUUCCAGAUGCUGUGGUGUGGAAUCCCUGGGAUAAGAAGUCGAAGGCUAUGGCUGAUUUUGGAGAUGAUGAGUACAAGCAUAUGCUGUGUGUGGAGGCUGCUGCUAUUGAGAAACCUAUCACACUGAAACCUGGAGAAGAGUGGAGAGGAAGGCAGGAGCUUUCAGCUGUUCCUUCCAGUUACUGUAGUGGGCAACUUGAUCCUCGAAAGGUUCUCCAGGGCAGCUGA